AUGGAUAUCACAAACAAAAAACAGUUGCUGAAGGGUAGCUCAUCAACAUCUACAACACAGAGCACAACUUUAAAAACGAGAACUACUUCUGUUAAACGUAUCCUGUCAACUACAACAAACAGUGUUUUUGGUACUGGUGGUGCUGGUGGUGUUGGUGGUUUUCAUUGCAUCAAACUUGUUCUUGGAAUUACUGGAGUUUUUAUGUGUGGAACUUCUGGUAUUCAUGGUACAUAUAGGACAUUUAAAAUCCACUUGACUUCCAUUUCUAUAAUUGAAACAUUGAAAAACAACGGAGUGAUCAAUUAUUGGUUGAGCGAUGCUUUAAAACGCUAUGCAAAACCUUUCGAUGUUCACUUGAGAAUUGUUAUCAGAACUGGAAAACGUGAAAAUAAAUACUUCGAUUAA